AUGUCAAUCAACAAGGUAAGUGUUCACAAGACAUCUAACUCACGGGAGUUGCCGUUUGACCUAUUUCAAGGAGAAAUUCUCCAGUUUAGAAGCCAAACCUCAAGACAAUCAAUUUCUGUCCAGCUGCACAAGUCGACCAGUGCCAUCAAAGUGAACAUAUCUGCGGGAGAUGGCCACAUUUUUGUAUCCAAUAAGAGAUUUGUGUAUAUUACAGAAAGUCAAGGUGAUUUUGAUUCGUUUGCUCUAGAUUUUGAUACCGUGGGAGCACUUCAGUUUUCGCACGCAUUGAAGUCUCCGUGGUUCGGUGCAAACUACUGGGAGUUCAUGUUUAUUAGUGGAGAAGGCAGUGAUGGAUUCCCUAAGAACGAUUGGUUCAAAGGACAAGUGGUGUUCAAGGAUGGUGGGUUGUUUGAGUUUAUUGCGGUUGUGGAUCGUGCAAUAAAUGAUGCUGUGAACAAUGGAGAUAUCGAUGAAGAGCUACCAAGUUAUACUCCUUGA